AUGGCCCGCCGUCUUCGGAGACCUGAGUCUUUCGAAGAUGUGAAAGCAGAGGGGCUGUUUCGCGCCACGACGGCACCCAAGCUUCUGGCCAAUCGCGGAGUUCUCUUCGUACAGGGCUUGCCAGGUCUUUUGGCUGCGGGUGGGCUCCGCCCGGACAAGAUACCGACAAUGCAAGAGGUGCAAGAGUCCGGAUCUCGAAUUUUCGAGUCCACAACCUGCACUGAGCGAGUGGAUGUCUUCGUGAGCCAUCGCUGGGGUACUGCGCGCUGGGCGAAGUACCUGAACCUGUGCCUGUAUCUCAACUUGUCAGCUGCCGUCGCGUGCUCCUUGAUUACAUGGGUGCUGGCCACUGCAGUCAUGGCUUUUCGUACCGGAAGCGCUGGCAACCUCGGAGACAAUCCAUCGUUACUGCCCGUCUUGGUCUACUUGCCUGUGGGCGUGUUUUUUCUCAUGUUCUUUCUCGGGCAGCAUGCCGUUCACCUUUUCUGGCCAACGUCGCUUUGGGUGGAUCGUGCCUGCGUGCACCAGACAGAUCACGAGCUAAAGCAACGACAGAUCCAGGCGCUCCCAGUUUUCGUUGCGCGGUCAUCCUCUAUGCUGGUGUUGUGGGACGACGAAUACUUCCAGCGUCUUUGGUGCCAGCUAGAACUGGCUACGUUCGCAAAGUACGGCAGUCUGCAGAAGGUUUAUAUCUUUCCCCUUUGGUUGGCCCCGUGGCUGCUGUCUGCGCUUCUUAUCAACCUCGGCGCUGCCACCGGUUACCACUUCCUGUGGUAUGGACUUGGUGACUUUCUCUUCUCCCUGGCCUUAGCGGUUCAAGGAUCGAUUCCAGAGGCUCUUUCAGGGCUCGUCACCCAGGUGAUCACGAUUACGCUCUUUGGCUCCAUGAUGUGCUUGCCUGCAUCGAUCCCCUGGGCCAUCGCUUGCAAAGCCAAGUUGCGAAGCCACGAGCUGAUGUUGGACCAAAUGGCGAAUUUUGAUUGCCGGGCUGCACAGUGUACAGAGCCAGCCGAUCGGCCACUCGUGCAGCAGCAGGUCCAGCAUCUAUUCCGAGCACCCGGGAAGCAGGAAGCAAACCACAUGGCAUCAUUCGCCAGCAGUUCAUCACAUUCGAGUGAGGUGGAUCAAAUUGAUGACAGGUCGCUGGAUGCUUUCAAUGGUUAUGUUCAAGGUCCACUCCGUUCGGUCGUCCUGGAAAAUGUCGGAGCCAAGCUACAUCUUCCACAUGGGUGGUGCCUGCUCGCUGGACUGCCAAUAACAUUCUAUUCCUGCGUGGACAUUCUCCAAUGUGAUGAGGCAUGCGUAGCCGAUAAUGGAUUCGACACUUUUUUCUCGUACAUGGGGGCCAGCACGGCGACUUGGCUCGUGGACAUUUUCCUGGUUUUUCCCACCUUCUACCCAGUUUAUCUUCGGAUGCUAAAGCGAGCUUUCUCUGUCCAGCACGAGUGUUUGCAGUUCAUCUUGGCAAUCAUCAGUGCUAUUGUGAGCUUAAGCUACGGCUACUUCUGCAGCGGAUGGGUCUUUGGGCUCGUCUACCUCUCAGUCCAGCACGGCCUCAUUGGCCUGCUGCCCCUCUUGGCCCUCUUGGUGUUCCUGGUGUUGCAGCACCAAUGCCUCUUCGGCAGGGAUCGAGGUGGGCGACAGUCCUCCAGUGAUGGCACGUACCGGAGCUUACACGCAUUCGACGAGUUCACGAUUUAA